GGGUUGUUUCAAACCAUUUGCUAUCGUUACUUACGUUCGUUAAUAUUUGACAGACUCGUAUGAACUUUAACGUAUGUUAACUUGUUAGCGUUGCUUCAUUGUUAAAAAAUGAGUUCGUCAUUGUUAAUGGGGUUGCCUGUUUGCGUAACGCUAUUUUGACCAAAUGUUUUAUGGGAAUUUUUUUUAGUAAUAACAACAUUGAUAAAAACAAUGUCAGUUGAAACAUUCUGUCAAGUUUGACAUCGAUGUUUAUUGUUUUAUACGAUACUAAUUUUUAAAAAAUUUAAAUUUUAAUAUAAAUAAUGCAAACCUUUUCGCCAAAAGAACGUUCGGUAAAUUUUGGAAAAGAGGAGAAGGACCGAUUUAAAAAUUUAAUAGAAAAAUAUCACCAUAUAUUAUUUAAUAAAAAAACAGACAAUUCAAACAACUUGCAAAAAAAGAAGGCAUGGAGUGCGAUUCAUGCAGAAUUCAAUGCCCUGUCAAAUAACCCUAGAACAAUUAAACAGUUGCAAGCCAAAUUUGACAACAUGAAGCGGAAUGCUCGUAAAGAUGCAAGCAAACAAAGGCAAGAGCGUUUUAAAACGGGGGGUGGUCCACCUCCACCUCCUACUGAUGCAGACACUGACUGGUUGAGGACUGUGAUGCCAGUUUCAAUGGAUGGACUGGCUAGUAUAGUCGAUGAUGAUUCUGAAUUGGUUGAGUCAAAUAUAGAGAUGGCUAGUGAAAAACCUGUUGUUGACCAAAAAGAAGAGAUAGAGACAAUGAAAGAAAACUGUGAUUCUUCAAAUAUCCAAAAAGAGGUAUUCAACACAAAAUCACCAGCCUGUUUUCUUCGCACUCCAAUGACAAGGAAUUUAAAAGUGCCUAAAAAAUGCAGGCUGUCAAAUGUGCCCAGUCUCACAUCUCAAAUAUCCACAGAAAGAUUGGAAUUGUUUAAAAGUUGUAGGAAAUAUGAGAAAGAAAUUUUUGAGUUGCGAGUGCAACAUCUGAAUGAGAAGAGAAAGAAUGAUGAAAUCAUUUUUAAACUUCAAGAAAAAAAAUUACUUUUGGAAAUUUCUUUAUUAGAAAGAAAUUUACAAAAGUAGUUUUUUCUAUACUAAUAUUAUAAAGAUUGAUUUUUUGUUUG